GCAUUUUUGACAUUUGAAUACGAUUGAUGACAGUCCGAAUUUGUAAUUUCAAAGUGUUUUCAUUUCUCAAUAAACUAAAUUAAAAUAAAUAAAUCAUGGCUACUCUUGAAGAUGUUUCUAUUUGGGAAGAUGGAGAGGAAGCAUUAGGUGAAGAGGUUUUACGAAUGUCCACUGAUGAAAUAGUUAGCCGGACACGUUUACUAGACAAUGAAAUUAAAAUAAUGAAGAGUGAAGUUAUGAGAAUCAAUCAUGAAUUACAAGCCCAAAAUGAGAAAAUAAAGGAGAAUACUGAGAAAAUUAAAGUGAACAAAACCUUACCGUACUUGGUGUCCAAUGUAAUAGAACUGUUAGAUGUGGAUCCCCAAGAGGAAGAGGAAGAUGGUGCAGUUGUUGAUCUGGACUCACAAAGAAAAGGAAAAUGUGCUGUUGUUAAAACUUCCACUAGACAAACCUACUUUUUACCAGUGAUAGGUCUGGUGGACGAGGAGAAGUUAAAGCCAGGUGAUUUGGUAGGAGUAAACAAAGAUUCAUACCUUAUUUUGGAAACAUUACCUGCUGAAUAUGAUGCCAGAGUUAAAGCUAUGGAAGUAGAUGAAAGACCAACUGAACAGUAUUCAGACAUUGGAGGUCUAGAUAAACAAAUCCAAGAAUUAAUUGAAGCUGUUGUUUUACCUAUGACUCACAAAGAUAAAUUUGUUAAUUUGGGUAUACAUCCACCAAAAGGUGUGUUGUUAUAUGGUCCCCCUGGUACAGGAAAGACUCUUUUGGCCAGAGCUUGUGCUGCACAAACCAAAUCAACAUUUUUGAAAUUGGCUGGUCCUCAACUCGUUCAAAUGUUCAUUGGAGAUGGUGCCAAACUUGUCAGAGAUGCUUUUGCUCUUGCCAAAGAGAAGGCACCAGCUAUAAUAUUCAUUGAUGAAUUAGAUGCUAUCGGUACCAAAAGAUUUGAUUCUGAGAAAGCUGGAGACAGAGAAGUCCAGCGUACUAUGUUAGAACUUCUUAACCAGUUGGAUGGAUUCAGUUCAACAGCUGAUAUUAAGGUUAUAGCUGCUACCAAUCGUGUAGAUAUAUUGGAUCCUGCUCUACUCCGUUCUGGUAGAUUAGAUCGUAAAAUAGAGUUCCCUCACCCCAAUGAGGAAGCGAGAGCUAGAAUCAUGCAAAUUCAUUCAAGAAAAAUGACAGUCAAUCCUGAUGUCAACUUUGAGGAAUUAGCAAGAUCAACAGAUGACUUCAAUGGAGCUCAAUGUAAAGCAGUCUGUGUUGAGGCAGGUAUGAUAGCCCUAAGAAGGAGUGCUACAGCUGUAACUCAUGAAGAUUAUAUGGAUGCAAUUAUGGAAGUUCAAGCUAAGAAGAAGGCAAAUCUUAAUUAUUAUGCUUAAUUUUGUAGUUUUUUAUAAAGAUAAUUUAUAGGUA